GCGAGCGAGCGGCCGGCUGAGUGGGCCCGGGGAACUCUCCGGGGUGGGGCCGCUCUGAGGGGAAAGGCGGCGGGGAAAGGCCCGGGCUCGAGAGAGAGAGAGGAAUUGAGAGGAAGAGGGCGAAGGUGCCUCUCCUCAGGCGCUGAGGGAAGAAGGAAGGGAUAAAGGAGCCAGCGAGAGAGCGAGGGCGUCUUGAGGGGAAGAAGGGAGUGAAGAAGCCAAGGCGGGAGAAGAAGCAGCAGCAGCAGCAGCCCCGGAGCGAAGGGGGCUGCCCAGGAAUGCAGGCGGGCGAGGAGCCCUGAGGGAAGGAAGGAAGCUAAGGAAGGCGGAGGGCUGAGGCGGGCGACCUCCGCCCCAAGUCCUCCUCGCUCUCGGCCCCGGAGGCCUCGGACGGUGUCCUCACUUCCCUCAGGAGUGGCCUCCCUCUCAGAAGGGCUAGGCCCCGGCUUCCUCUUCGGUUCGUUCGCUGAGGGCAGAAGGACUGAGCAAUGAAUAAAUUACGGCAGAGUUUUAGGAGAAAGAAAGAUGUCUAUGUCCCUGAAGCCAGUAGGCCACACCAGUGGCAGACAGAUGAAGAGGGUGUUCGGACUGGGAAAUGCAGCUUCCAAGUUAAGUAUCUUGGACAUGUGGAGGUAGAUGAAUCAAGAGGAAUGCAUAUAUGUGAAGAUGCUGUCAAGAGACUGAAAGCUGAAAGGAAGUUCUUCAAAGGCUUCUUUGGAAAAAGUGGAAAGAAGGCAGUUAAAGCAGUCCUGUGGGUUUCAGCGGAUGGACUCAGAGUUGUUGAUGAGAAAACAAAGGACCUUAUAGUUGAUCAGACAAUAGAGAAGGUUUCUUUCUGUGCUCCAGAUAGGAAUUUUGACAGAGCAUUUUCUUAUAUUUGUCGAGAUGGCACUACACGGCGCUGGAUAUGUCAUUGCUUUAUGGCUGUAAAGGACACGGGAGAGAGGUUGAGUCAUGCAGUUGGCUGUGCAUUUGCAGCCUGCUUGGAGCGAAAGCAAAAAAGAGAGAAGGAGUGUGGGGUGACUGCCACCUUUGAUGCAAGUAGAACCACAUUCACAAGAGAAGGAUCUUUCAGGGUUACUACAGCAACCGAACAAGCAGAAAGAGAGGAUGUCAUGAGACAGAUACAGGAUACUAAAGUUGAAGCAGAUGUGAAAACAACUGUAUCAACUGUUGUACUUGGCAACACAGCACCCUCCCCAAGUUCCCCCACUUCUCCAACGGCUGAUGCUGCAUCCUCUGCUGACAAAGAGUCAAAUAACCCUCAUGCCAUCCCACGAAGACAUGCUCCAAUAGAGCAACUUGCAAGGCAAGGCUCUUUUAGAGGUUUUCCUGCUCUCAGCCAAAAGAUGUCUCCAUUUAAACGCCAGCUGUCCCUGAGAAUUAAUGAGUUGCCUUCAACAGUUCAAAGGAAGACUGACUUCCCCAUGAAAAAUUCAGUUCCUGAAGUCGAAGGAGAAGUGGAUAGCAUUAGUUCCCUCUGCUCCCAGAUCACAAAUGCAUUUAGCACACCGUCAGAGGAUCCUUUCUCCUCAGCACCUAUGACAAAACCUGUCACUGUGGUUGCACCACAGUCUCCUGCUUUCCAAGUCAAUGGCACUGCCUCUGCGUUCAGUGUGCUUGCUGCUAAACCAACUCAAACUACUGUAGCACCCCCAGCAAUACCAGUUCGGGAAACCAAUCCUUGGGCUAAUGCCCCUGCUGCUCCAGCGGUGGCUAAAACUGGAGCUGCAGGUCCUGUUUCUGGUGCUGAGUGGAGUAGUGACUCAGGAGCCACCUCACCAAUUGUAUUCCAGGCGAACCACAGGCGCACUCCUUCAGAGGCAGACCGUUGGCUGGAGGAAGUAUCCAAAACUGUCCGGUCGCAGCAGCCACAACCGCCGCCUCCAGCUCCUCAGCCCCUUCUGCAGCCUCCAGCUGCAGUUUCUCAGGCAGCGCCGACAUUUCCAGUCAACACUUUUAUUGCCCCUCCACCAGUCCCUGUUGGUGUGGUGCAGCCGAUGCAGCCUGCAUUUAUUCCUCCUCCACCCUACGCUGUUGCAAACGGGAUGCCCUAUUCUGCUCCCAGUGUACCGGUGGUUGGCAUCACUCCUUCCCAAAUGGUAGCCAAUGUCUUUGGCACUGCGAGCCACACACAAGUAUCCCAUUCUCAUCAGUCACCCAGUCUUAUAAAACAACAGACAUUUCCUCAGUAUGAAACUAACAGUGCUACUGCCAGCCCUUUCUUUAAGCCUCCUGGCCAGCAGCUCAAUGGCUCAGCCGCAUUCAAUGGUGUGGACGCUGCCAAAUGGCCGACAGAGGAUAAGCAUGUGCUGCCACCGGCAGCUGCCCAUCAGGUUGACCCUUUUGAAGCACAGUGGGCAGCACUGGAGAGCAAAUCGAAGCAGCGUACCAACCCAUCUCCAACUAAUCCUUUCUCAAGUGAAUUACAGAAGACUUUUGAGAUUGAACUUUAAGCAGUCCUGUGGCUUGUACUUCAUGUGUGUGUGUGUGUUGGGAUUGGAUGUAAGGGGAUAUGAGGGCAGAGGGGACUUCUGAGUGGCAUUGUCCAAAUGCUGAUGUCCCAGAGGAAACAGAGCAGGAUUAUGGAGAGGGAACAAUCAUGGAAAGAGGUUCCCAUCCCCAGAGCAAUUGUAAAUUAAUCUAGGAAAUGUAUCCCUUACCACUUGCUUCCUGCUUGGGAACUUAAAUGGCAAAGGAACUGUUGAAAGGGCUGAAAAUGGGAAGUGAGCCCUGAAGCCCUUUUCCCACAAGAAGCUCAAAAGACCUCAUAAGACAAAGAGCAAGCUACUUACCACUGUCUUAAAGUGACCGGUUCCCCUGAGGGAAAACGAGGAAUAAUGGGGAUGGAGGUACAGUGGUGAAUGGGCUGAUGGGGAAAACAUGAAAGCUGCUCAGCACGUGCUGUCAAUGAAAAAGGACGAGCUUCCAUUUUGAGUGACACGUUGAUUAUUAUAUAUAAAAUAAAGCCAAAAUCUUUAUUUUUAUGCAUUUUAGAUUAUUUUAAAUAGGUCUAGAUAUUAAAAGCUGAACGAGUUGUAAGUAAUCUUGCCAAAGUUAUAACGGGGUGGAUGUAAAAUUGUACAUAAGAUUGAUUUAUCACUGAAUAAUAUGGGAAUAGGGUGGGGAGCAGAGUUUCAAGCUUGUUCUUGUAUGUUCAUUGUAAGUAGCAUAUUGCAACAACAAUCAUGAGUCAUGACCAAUUAGAAAUCAUUGUAGAGUAGUUUAUGAGCAGUAUUGUCUUGGUUUGAAAACAAUUGGUAAAUUCUUUUCUUUUUAAGAAAUCAUAGUAGACGAUAUUACAGAACAUAUAGGUUCUUUCAUGUACUGCUGCAGUUUUCUUGUCUUAAAUCUGUUUUAAUACUACUGUGACAACUAUAAUCAAAUCUACAAUCAGGUCUACUUAGGAACCCAUUUUAUGUGCAUUUAUUAGGUUUUAUUUUAUUAUUUUUUUAAAAAAGCUUUUCCCCAUCAUUCUGUGUGAAAGUGUGUGGCUAGACUGCAGCUGUUUCAUGUUCUUCCUCUGGUAAAUCAUGAAAUCCAUCUCAUUUUAAAUUUUACUCUUAAAACUUGGCCUUACAAGCAAAUGUAAGUUAUAUAUUUGUACUGAUGAUUUAUAAUCUGCUUUAACAGAAAUAAAUGUUGGUAGUAGACGAUGUGGCUUUCUCAGGAAGCUUCCUUGUCCCUUUCCUGGUCUUCAGUCUUCUCUCAGCACAAGAUCAUUUGCCAUAUGCCUGGACUUCCAAACUCAGGGCAGGAGGCUAGUAUCUAUCUGGACUUUUCUGAGAAACGAAUUACCAAAAGCAAGAAACUUGGAGGCUUUUGGAAAGCUUGCCCAUGUGCUGCGAGUGCCACCUGUUGCUUCCUACGUGCUCUUUGCGUGGCUCUUCAUCCGUCAUACUCUGAUCUUGCACUUGGCAUUGGCUAUUACACUACUCAGAAAUGGCUCUGGAAAUCAGGUUGUGCUUGUUUUAAGCAGCAAUAGGAAUAUAUGAUCCUUCAGAUGUUGAACUUCAGGUUACAUUAGCUGUGGUGCCUAGCACGGGCAAAAGCUGGAAUCUUACAUUUGGAAGGCCACACAUUUCACUUGUAUGACUGUGUCCUAAUUUGCAGUAUGCUAUAGUGCUGUGCACAAAUAACCUCUUUCCUUGAGUCUGCACAUACCUUCUAAAAAUAUAAAUUUACAAUGGGCUAAUUUGACUGCUAAUGUGAAAAGCCAGUCCUAGAAUGGCUCCCUGUCCCCAUAUAGCACUUUGGAGUAACAUAUAUAUGGGUACCAUCUAGUACAUCAUGGCUGGGGCUCAUGGUGGGUACCACCUCCUGGAAAAAAAAAAGCAUGUUCCUUUUGUCAAACCUGUACACUUCCUAUUACUGUAAAGCAAGACUGGGGAUUUUGGGCUCCAGCUGCCAUCAGUCUGGUAGGAGCUGUAGUCCAUCAACAUUUAAACAGCUGCAGGCUCCCCACCCACGACUGCAAAUGAGAUUUCAGGGUAACAUUUGAUCCCAGAACCUCCACUAACAUAUCUGCUUUUGAUAGGGCAAACUUUCUGCCUUUCCUCAUCCAUGGAAAACAAAUCCUGAAUAUGAGAAGAUAUAACGUAUCAUGUUUUGUUCUGUUGAUUGUUCUUUCCUGUUGUUCUUUGCUAUGGUUGAAAUACGCUGACAUUAAAUCUAUUUUUUUGUUGAAAA